AUGGAUAUUAACCAGUCGGCUCUUAGCAAGUGCUGGAGGACAAAAAGCCACCUCCUCAGACAGGGUAGAAAGGGCAACACUUGGGGAAGUGCUGUAUGGCGUUCUUGCCUAAUUGAUCGUCUGAGCCUCGGGAUCUUCCUGAUCCUCUUUUUCCUGUUUGCUUGUGUACUAGAGGAGAGCGCUCUGUGUAAUGGUGAGUCAUAUGAUUAUCCCAAGCCCCAAGUACCCACCUGCUUUUACUUAAUGGAGAUUUAUUUCUUCUUUAAGGACUGCAAUCACCUAUGUUCUGCAGAAUGUACCGGAGAAGGAGGAUCAAAAGAGGUGGUGGAGACUUUUAAAGCUGAAGAUCUAUUAAUCACACCAGCCACCAUUUUAAAAGAAAAACCAGACCCAGAUAGUCUAGUUUUCGGAACUGUUUUCACGGAUCACAUGUUGACGGUGGAAUGGUCCUCAGAAUUUGGAUGGGAGAAACCUCAUAUCAAACCUCUUCAAACACUGUCAUUGCAUCCUGCCUCAUCAGUGUUUCAUUAUGCUUUAGAGUUAUUUGAAGGAUUGAAGGCAUUUCGGGGAGUAGAUAAUAAAAUUCGACUGUUUCGACCGGAUCUCAAUAUGGAUAGAAUGUAUCGAUCUGCUCUGCGGGCAACUUUGCCGGUAUUUGACAAAGAAGAGCUUUUAAAAUGCAUUCAACAACUUGUGAAACUGGAUGAGGAAUGGGUCCCGUAUUCAACAUCUGCGAGCCUGUAUAUUCGUCCUACAUUUAUUGGGACUGAGACUUCUCUUGGAGUCAAGAAGCCAACCAAAGCCUUGCUCUUUGUAAUCUUGAGUCCGGUGGGACCUUAUUUUUCAAGUGGAACCUUUAAUCCAGUGUCCCUGUGGGCCAAUCCAAAGUUUGUAAGAGCCUGGAAAGGUGGAACUGGAGACUGCAAAAUGGGAGGGAAUUAUGGCUCAUCUAUUUUUGCCCAAUGUGAAGCAAUGGAUCGUGGGUGCCAGCAGGUUCUGUGGCUCUAUGGAGAAGAUAAUCAGAUAACCGAAGUUGGAACUAUGAAUCUUUUUCUUUACUGGAUAAAUGAAGAUGGAGAAGAAGAGCUGGCAACUCCUCCGCUAGAUGGCAUCAUUCUUCCAGGAGUGACAAGGCAGAGCAUUCUGGACCUGGCACAUAAGUGGGGUGAAUUUAAGGUGUCUGAGAGACACCUCACCAUGGAUGGGCUGACCACUGCCAUAGAGGAGAAGAGAGUGAGAGAGAUGUUUGGCUCUGGUACAGCCUGUGUUGUUUGCCCAGUUUCUGAUAUACUGUACAAGGGGGAGACCAUACACAUUCCAACUAUGGAGAAUGGUCCUAAGCUUGCAAGCCGUAUUUUGGACAAGUUGAGUAGUAUCCAAUAUGGAAGAGAAGAGAGCAACUGGACAAUCAUUGUAUCCUGA